UGGAGGGACGGAGGGAGGGAGGGAGAAAGACGGAGGGCAGGACUCCAUUAAACCGACGCUGGCUGGAAAACUGUUUGGGAUACUUCACUUCUUCUUCUUUAGCGAGUUCUCCUGGGCUUUUGUUCCCGUAUUUGCUCCCAGAAAAGACACAAUACAUGAUUUAAGGAACGGAUAAGUCGCUUUGAACCGUGUUGCAAACAGUUUGAGUGUUUUUCGUCUCGGUGAAGGAUGGCUCUGGAUGGGAUCCGGAUGCCCGAUGGCUGCUAUGCCGACGGCACAUGGGAGCUGAAGAUGCAUGUCACCGACCUCCACAGGGACGUGUCGCUGAGGGUCACCGGGGAAAUCCAUAUUGGUGGAGUUAUGCUCAAACUGGUGGAAAAAUUAGAUGUGAAGAAGGACUGGUCGGACCACGCCUUGUGGUGGGAGAAGAAGAAAACGUGGCUGCUGAAAACCCACUGGACGUUGGACAAGUAUGGCAUCCAGGCCGAUGCCAGGCUGCUCUUCACCCCCCAACACAAAGUACUGCGCCUCCAGCUGCCCAACAUGAAGCACAUGAAGGUUAAGGUGAACUUCUCAGACCGGGUCUUCAAGGCGGUGUCCGACAUCUGCAAAACAUUCAAUAUCCGGCACCCAGAGGAACUGUCUCUACUGCGCAAACCCCGGGAUCCAAAGAAGAAAAAGAAAAAGUUAGAAGAGGCAGAGGAAGACGAUCUGGAGCUUGAGGGUCCACUGUUGACUCCUGGAUCAGCCUCUGAAAUAAUUUACAUCGGACCUGUCAAAGGGAGCAUCUACUCAAGUCCAGGAUUAUAUAGUAAGACCAUGACCCCCACGUAUGACUCCAGGGAUGGAAGCCCACUCUCACCCACCUCAGCCUGGUUCGGUGACAGCCCAUUAUCUGAGGGCAAUCCCAGCAUCCUCGCUGUCAGCCAACCGAUUUCCUCACCGGACAUACUGGUCAAACUCUACAAGCCCCAGUCUCUGUUGGAUAAAGCAAAAAUCAAUCAAGGAUGGAUGGAUUCAUCCAGGUCUCUCAUGGAGCAGGACGUAAAGGAGAAUGAAGUGCUGCUGCUGAGGUUUAAAUAUCACAGUUUCUUUGACCUCAACCCAAAGUAUGAUGCCAUCCGUGUAAACCAGCUGUAUGAGCAGGCAAAGUGGGCCAUCCUCCUGGAGGAAAUCGAGUGCACAGAGGAGGAAAUGAUGAUGUUUGCUGCCCUGCAGUAUCACAUCAACAAGCUGUCAAUCAUGUCAUCAGACAACCAUAUGAACAACAGUGAGAAGGAGGUGGAUGAGGUGGAUGCGGCUCUCUCCGACCUGGAGAUCACUUUGGAAGGAGGGAAGACCUCCAACACACUGGGGGACAUCACCUCAAUUCCUGAGCUUGCAGAUUAUGUCAAAGUUUUCAAGCCAAAAAAGCUGACGCUAAAGGGCUAUAAGCAGUACUGGUGCACGUUCAAGGACAUCACAAUUUCCUGUUACAAGAGUAAAGAGGAGGCUCAUGGGACACCUUCUUACCAGAUGAACCUCAGAGGUUGUGAGGUGACGCCGGAUGUUAAUAUCUCAGGUCAGAAAUUUAACAUCAAGCUACUGAUCCCAGUGGCUGAUGGGAUGAAUGAGAUCUGGCUUCGGUGUGACACGGAGAAACAGUACGCUCACUGGAUGGCCGCAUGUCGGCUGGCGUCCAAAGGGAAGACCAUGGCGGACAGCUCGUACAACCUGGAGGUCCAAAAUAUUCUGUCCUUCCUGAAGAUGCAGCACAUGAACCCGGACCCCGCGUUCAUCGAGCCCAUCACCACGGACAUUAACCCAGAAUGCCUGGUCUCGCCGCGCUACCUUAAGAAGUACAAGAACAAGCAGCCAGGCUAUAUCAGGGACUUGAUUUCCGCCCGGAUUCUUGAAGCCCACCAGAACGUGGCUCAGAUGAGUCUCAUCGAGGCCAAGAUGCGCUUCAUCCAGGCGUGGCAAUCUCUGCCCGAGUUCGGAAUCACUCAUUUUCUUGCAAAGUUCCAAGGUGGAAAGAAGGAGGAGCUGAUUGGAAUCACCUACAAUCGGUUGAUCCGUAUGGACGCUCACACUGGAGACGCCAUCAAGACCUGGCGCUUCAGCAACAUGAAACAGUGGAAUGUCAACUGGGAGAUCAAGAUGGUGACGGUGGAGUUUGCAGACGAGCCCAGCCUCUCUUUCAUCUGCGCAGAGGUGGACUGCAAAGUGGUGCACGAGUUCAUCGGUGGCUACAUCUUCCUGUCGACGCGCGCCAAGGACCAGAACGAAUCAUUAGACGAGGAAAUGUUCUACAAACUGACCAGCGGCUGGAUCUGAUCCGUCAUGGCGGCAGAGGUCAGUGGAAGCUGCAAACAGGAGGCAAGAUGAAGGUCUAUGAGUUUAUUUUAUUCUUUGUAUUUUUUUUCAGUGUUUUGAGGCUGUUCUGAAGUAGCAGCAUGAAAUCUGCCAUGACUGAACCAGUUUUUAUUGUUACGGUUUUUGUUACUACACUAAUCCUUUGGUGGAAACAUCUUUACACUACUCGUCUCCUCUACUCUUAAAUCUCUGAACAUUUAUGUCCACAGUUAGUUUCCAAGAAAAAGAAGUGUUUCCCUAAAACUUGUUGAUACAUCGCCACAAACAAAUGAAGUUAUCUAUUUAUCUUAAAAGAAGGACUUUAUAAUAAUGUUUGAUUUUAUUGCAGCUCUGCAUUUCCAUCCACUUUGAUUUUUACUCUCUGAAGUCGUGUUUCAGCACUUCCGCCAUAUAAACUUUUGUUUUCUAAAUGAAUAAGCUGUUACAUUAUUGUUCUUCCGUUCGCUUUCGUCUUGAAUAUUUGUCUUUUUCUGUUAAAUAACCCCAUCGAUCGUGUAUGAAGUGACAUCGAUAAAUGAGCAUGUCUGAAAAUGUGUGUGGCUUUGAGAGUCUGGUUUCCUUGAUGCCUAAUUUACCAAAAACAAUCCGAUCAAUCCAGUUUAUGUAAGUUAUUUGCAAAAAAAAUCAAAAAUAGGGCCUUUAAUUGUAAGAUUUUUUUUAAAGUGGUAACCAGAGAUCUGAAGCCACACAUUGAUGAGUGACUGGAGGGACGCCAUCCGUCCCUCUAAGCUCCGCCUACAUUGAUAGGAAUCUGUUCCUCACACCGUAUAGUAUUAUUGCUGUUAUCUACACACCAGCAGAAGGUCACAUUUUGAAGAAUGAAUAUGCAAACGUUUUUCCCAGAGGAUGAAGGAUUAAGAAAUGAAGUGUUAUUUUGUUUUUUUGUAACUAAUGUAAAAAAACACAAACAUUUUAUAGAAUUGUACAGUUUUGUUUUUUUUUUUUUUUUUUUUCUGAAUUGGAAGUUGUUUCAGUGAAAAGGGGCGAAGCCAUUUGUCAUCAUGUGUAGUUUUCAGAAUUGUUGUGGUCUAACUGAGCUUUCAGAUAAAGAUAUAUAUAUAUGAAGAUAUAUGAAUAAGACACUAGUCUCAAACUCCAGGUUUGUUAAGAUUCUUUUUCUAAUUUCAUAUUUAGCAUGUCCUGUUUUUCCUUUUUUGUUGAGAGUUUCUUACCUUUUGGCUGAAAAUGUGACCGAUUCAGCCUUUUUAAAAAGAUUCACUUAUUUGUUUUUUUUUUCUCCCACAAAAGAAGGUGUGUUGUUUUAAUGUAUGCAUUAGAUCCUGGGGUUUGAGAAAAGUCAGCAUUAAAAAAAAAAGAAAAAA